AUGGCUGCGAAUCACCAGACACCGCAGAAUCAGCGAGACCUUCUCUCGUCGACGAGUCACCGAUGCUCACGUACGCCGUCAGCACAGAGAUGCGCUUCCACCCGACUCCAACUACACUUGCUCGUCGCUGCCCUUUUCUUACUACCCUUGGCGCUCGCGGUGCGCCCCCAGUUUCCGACAGAAGGAACGCGCGACGCGCAGGACAGCGUCGUCAUCGCGAGGUAUCAAGCGGGGCUGGCGAAGAUGUGUCUUGGAGCCAGUCGCGAUAGGGCGCGAGCGGUUAUCGGCAACGCCGAUUACGCUUGCAGCGACGCCAACGUGGCGCUCGCCUAUUCGCAGCCGACAAACGCCACCUUCAUGUACAUCGGCGGCGCGAGAAUUAAAGGCCCUCGCCGCUGCGUUCCGCCGGGUCAAUUGGGUGUGUACACCUACUUCCCCUCUACGAACAAAUUCGUUAAAAGCGAUUUGCGCAGCCUCCCCGAUCGCGUAGUGGACUCGUCAUACGUCGUCUCCCUGACAGUGCCAUCCGCGUUACAAGUUGCCCCGCAAGUGACUCUGGACGUGUCAAACAUGUACCCCACGGCUCUUGAGGUUGACGCAGCAGGGACAGUAUCAGCCCCUCCCAUGACCCAGGCCAAUUUCACGGUCUCAGGAGCAGAUCUCUCCCCUCCUGCCGACCCAUAUGGAAUGGUUUCUUCUUACUUUGAGCAAUAUGGGGCGAAGGCUGAUGCCAACGACCUCUCGGGUGCCAUUCUAGUUACCUAUGACCCUUAUAUCGAGGCGCACGUUACAGUUCUUACCGUGCGCGCCCAAUUCUUGACAGAAAGAACGCGCCCGCAGGACAGCGUUAUGAUUGCGAGGUAUCAAGCGGGGUUGUCGAAGAUGUGUCUCGGGGCCAGUCGCGAAAGUGCGCGGGCGGUUGUCGCUAACGCCGAUUACGCCGUUAGCGACGCCAACGUGGCGCUUGGCUAUUCGCAGGCGACGAACGCCACAUUCAUGUACAUCGGCGGGGCCAGAAUGAAGGGUCCUCGCCGCUGCGUUCCCCCGGGACUUUUGGACGUGUACACUUACUACCCUUCUACAAAACAAUUCGUUAAGGGUAGUCUGGGCAGCCUCCCCGAACGCGUAGUGGACUCGUCGUACGUGGUUUCCCUGACAGUACCAUCCUCGUUACAAGGCGCCCCGCAAGUGACGCUGGACGUGUCGAACAUGUACCCCACGGUUCUAGAGGUUGAGGCAGCAGCAUCGGUCUCGGCUCCUCCCAUGACGCAGGCAAAUUUCACGGUCUCAGGAGCAGAUCUCUCCCCUCCGGCCGACCCAUAUGGCAUGGUUUCUGCUUACCUUGAGCAAUUUGGUGCCAAAGCUGACCCUAACGACCUCUCAGGCGCUAUACUGGUAACUUACGACCCUUAUAUCGAGUCGUACGUAACAGUGUACAUGAUUUACCGACCCGUCUACAGUCCCGCUGCGGUGGUACAGCAAUACUGCAACGCGAACGCGCCGUGUUACUUUGCGUACGAAAUGGUUGGCAAGUAUGCAGCUCCCCAGGAUGUGGUCGCCAGGCGUCGGCGAAGACUACUCGCUGCACGAUCCGAUUCACUGUCGACGAUGGGGACGUGUGUGCGAUACGUGUAUAGCAAUUCGUGCAGGUGCUGGGUAACUAUGCCUUGUUGA